ACUAGGAAGAAGGACCAGCAAAUGUUGCCACCAACUCUCUGCCCAUUUCCAAAACAAAAAAUAGUUAGCGUAGGUAAGUGAGAUGAGGUCGAUGUGAAGAUGAUGUGUCUAACCAUGAUGGAACAAGAGAGUUGCACGUCCCGCUUUUUAGCGGAUGCGUCGACAGGGGUCAUCUGUACUUUUCAAUUGGAUUCUCCUUUACUUUGAUCGAAAACACCGAACUUUUGCCCUGAGACAAGUCUUGACCCCGAACGAAAUCCUUCUGAUUCAUCGCAACCACUUUUCUUUCCCGAUUAUUUGAUAGAUUUAACUUAGUACAAGUCGACAAUAUGCAAAACGAAGCAGGAGAAAACGUUGACCUCUACGUCCCAAGAAAGUGUAACUGGACAAACAGAUUGGUCGAAGCAAAGGAUCACUCUAGCGUGCAGGUAAAUGUUGCCAAUGUUGAUCCCGUGACAGGAUUGGCUACCGGAGAUGCUACACCAUACUGUUUGGUUGGUUACAUUCGAAAGAUUUCUGAGGGAGAUAUGGCCUUGACGGCGUUGGUUGAGAAGAAUGAUGCCGCCAUGUUUGCAUCAGAGGAGUAAAUGAAACACGAUCACAUCAGCCGGAUGAAAGCGGUGGAAGCAAUAUUAGUGUAACGCUCUAGAGAUCCAUUAUUUCGACAGUUAUUUUUCUGGUCACUCUUUACAAUUGUCUCAAGAAGAAAAGUUGGAAGUAGCGCACACCUAGCUUUGUAAUUCAGCCACCCAGUUUCCACAGGGUAAUAAUAACAUCGUUGUCAG